AUGAACGAAAAGCUUGCUCUAUUCUACAGAAUUUUUUUAUUUUCUAGCGCUUGGCUAAAAGGAUGGGAGCACGAAGUCGUUGACCGCUUCAAUAAGCGCCUUGAUAUGAUGACAAAUCUAGAAAUGGAAACUGCUGAAGAGCUGCAGAUUGCUAACUACGGUAUUGGUGGUCACUAUGACCCCCACUUCGACCAUGCCCGGAAAGAUGAGGUGAAAUCUUUCGACACACUUGGCACAGGCAAUCGAAUCGCUACUGUUCUUCUUUACAUGUCUCAGCCAGUAUUUGGUGGUGCUACUGUGUUUACCGAAGCUAAAUCUACAAUCAUGCCAUCAAAGAAUGAUGCCCUAUUCUGGUAUAAUCUCCACAGAUUUGGUGAUGGUGACCCACGAACUCGUCAUGCGGCAUGUCCAGUCCUUGUGGGCGUAAAAUGGGUAAGUGAACUCUAUAGAUGUGAAAAAAGGGAAUCUCCACUUGCUGCAGGUUUCAAAUAA